AAAAAUUGACCCGCAGGACGACACGAGGGUUAAAUGACUCUGUCCAAACUGCAUGAAAAAAAACAACACGACAUUCUCGCUUGUGUUGCUCUAUUUCAGCCUUCAGUACUUCAACCCCUAAUGACUUUCAGCAAACGGUGGAUGGUCAAGAGAGGAGGCAGAGAGGUGAACGGAGGAAAACUGGCUCGUGACCAGCGAAUCCUACGCACCAGUGUGAAAUAUGAUAGAGAGCCAAGCAAGAGCACCUGGCAGGCAGACGGACGGGUUCAGGACUUUACUAGCAAAGAGAAAAAUGAGCCUCGUGCUGCACAAACAGAGGUCCGCUUACGGUUCUGGCUUGUAAAAAGAACCCAGAAAUCACCAAGAAGUUUUCACAGUGUCAUCUACUGUAUAAAAGUCUGGGUCAGGGGUGUCAAACUCAUUCUAGUUCAGGUCCACAUUCAGCUCAGUUUGAUCUGAAGUGGGCCGGAACAGUUAAAUCACAGCAUAAUAACCAGUAAAUAACCACAACUCCAAAUGUUUCCUUUGUUUUAGAGCAAAAAAGUCCAUUCUAAAUCAUCACAGUGUUUCUACAAAGGAACAAAACAUUCAGUCACAGGUGUCUGGAACUGAAGGGUAUAGUAUUUAACCUUAUGAUCAAAAAAUGCAAAAAGACAAAGAACAACAAAAACAAAACAAAAUAGUACAAAAAUGAAACACAGAAUGACAAAAACGAGAAACAAAAUGACAAAAACAUGAGACAGACGACAAAAGUCAGACAAAAAUAGACAACAAACAACAAAAACAAGACAAAAUAUUACAAAAAUGAGACAAAAGACACAAAGCAAAACAAAAAAAUAGAUGAAAGUUAUAAAGCGACAAAAAAUGGACAAAAAAGAAACAAAAUAGACAAAAAGGAAACACAAAACAACAAAAACAAUGCACAAAACAAUGACCAAGCAAAACACAAAAUGAUAAAAAUAAGACAAAAACCACAAGCGAGACAAAAAGGAAACACAAAACAACAAACACAAUAAACAAAAUGACAAAAAAAACAACAAAACAGGACAAAAUAUUACAAAAAUAAGAUGCAAAAUGACAAAAGACCAAUGAGCAACACAGUAUUUAACUCUUUUGUGAUCAAAACAACUCGUCAUGGUCUAGAAAUGAUUUUAAAUUUAUAGUUUUACAAGUUUACAAUCCACAGUUAAUGUCUUCUCUGGAAUUUUUACACUUUAAAGUUGUCCUGCGGGCUGGAUUGGACCCUCUAGACGGCUGGUUUUGGCCCGCAGGCCGCAUGUUUGACACCCCUGGUCAGGUUCUAGUUUUAGUUUAGUGCAGGAGAACGUUUAUAUCGACAAGGACAUCGUCUGUUUCCAAAGCAGCGCCGUGAGGAUCUGUGUUUUUUGCUCCUCGCCCAACCGAAUGGACUGAAAGCUUGUUGCUAUCCGAGACAUCUGUCGUCUUGGUGGCGUAGCUAACUGUAGCUGCUUCACGCUUUAGAGAGAUUUACCACUGCUCCUUAAGACUCUGCCCACCGCCUGAUUAGACACUUAAUCUAACUGGAUGCGUGAGCGAGUUCAGACAAGCUUCUGUCACCGCUGGAUAAUGAGUAACAGGCCAUACGGGAACAUGAGGAGGAGGCUCGAUGAGCUCGGAGCGCCUGCAGCCGUGGAACCUCCCUGUCCAACGAUUACCAAAAGGGCAGAAUCCAAAAGUAGCGUCCAGCUGCCUGAAUGAUAACCAGGAGGUGGGAGGCCCUGCCAGGAUCUUCAGCGUGGCACUGUUUGUGGUGUUUCCUCUGUCUCCCGGACCCGGCUGAUAGACGGAGCUGUGGCUACAGUGACAACAUAGUGUGAUGGAGGUGCCACUUGUAAAUUUUGAAAACAUGGAUGAUGUUGGCAUCAACCUGGGAGACCCAAGCGACUCCGGAUACCCGACCUCGCCCACCUCAGAGGGCCCCGAUCAGACUCUCUUAACCCACCGCUUGACUUCUCCUCACCAGUCGCCACACAGAAGACGGCGUGGGCAUCAGUCUGCUCAGGAGGGACUGUCGCCUUCCACUCCUCCGACUCUGACCACGAAGGCGAAUUCCAGCAGCGGCAGUUUGAUCUCCAAUCUAAAGCUCCUGAUCAACAGCGAGUCUCCCACUGACAGCGUCUUCAGCAAGAUGCCGAAGGAACAUUAUGAAAAUGAAGACUUGUUUGAAAGACACUGCCUGGAAGAGAAAGAUGAGAAAGUCAUCAUUAAUAUUUCGGGCUUGAUGUUUGAGACCCAACUCAGCACCUUGAACAGGUUUCCGGAAACGCUGCUCGGUGACCCCAUGAAGAGGAUAAGCUACUUUGACCCAAUGAGAAAUGAGUACUUUUUUGACAGAAACCGCCCGUCCUUCGAUGGGAUUCUCUACUACUACCAGUCAGGGGGGAGAAUCCGCAGACCAGCCAAUGUUCCCUUAGAUGUUUUUGCUAAUGAAAUAGUUUUCUAUGAGUUGGGUCAUGAAGCGAUGGAGCAGUUCCGCGAAGACGAAGGGUUCAUCAAAGAGCCCGAAGUCCUUUUGCCCAGCAACGAACUCCAGCGACAGUUCUGGCUCCUGUUCGAAUACCCAGAGAGCUCCAGCGCAGCCAGAUCUGUAGCUCUGGUUUCUGUGUUUGUCAUCGUCAUAUCCAUCUUCAUCUUCUGCCUGGAGACCCUGCCAGAGUUCAGGGACGACAGUGACUUUCCUCCAGGUUUAACUCAAAUUAUUAACGGCACCCAAGACAGUUCUGCCCCUCGUCCCGCCACUAAAGACAUCAUGGCAUACAUCACAGACCCCUUUUUCAUUGUGGAGACUAUUUGCAUUAUUUGGUUCUGCUUUGAAGUCGGUAUUCGCUUUGUGGUGUGCCCCAGCAAAAGUGAUUUCUUCAACAACAUCAUGAACAUCAUUGACAUAGUGUCUAUCAUUCCCUACUUUGUAACCCUGGGAACAGAACUGGCUACCACACCCGAUGACGACAUGAACUCUGGUCAGAACAUGUCCCUGGCGAUCCUAAGAAUCAUCCGACUAGUGAGAGUCUUCAGAAUUUUUAAGCUUUCCCGACACUCUAAGGGGCUUCAGAUUCUGGGGCAGACCCUGAAGGCCAGCAUGAGGGAACUGGGGCUGCUCAUCUUCUUCCUUUUCAUAGGAGUCAUCUUAUUCUCAAGUGCCAUCUACUUUGCAGAAGUGGAUGAGCCCCAGACGCAGUUUGUCAGCAUCCCUGACGGCUUCUGGUGGGCCGUGGUGACGAUGACCACUGUGGGCUACGGAGACAUGUGCCCCAUCACCAUGGGGGGCAAAAUGGUCGGCACUCUCUGUGCCAUUGCUGGUGUCCUGACCAUCGCCUUGCCCGUCCCCGUCAUUGUCUCAAACUUUAACUAUUUUUACCACCGAGAGACUGAGCAGGAGGAGAAACAGGUGAUGGAUGCAGCGGCAGAGGCUGCCCAGAAAAUGUCAGCGGCUAACAAGUACGGAAGCACACUUUCACUAAACAAAAGCAACGGCACCUGGCAGAACGAGAAAAACGGCAUGCACUGACGGGAUAGCAUUUAUUUAUAUAAAGGGCAUGGAAAACACACACGGACAAAUCAAACAUAUCCAUCAGUGAGACACACCGGGUGAUCGGUUCAUCCUUCUCACUGUUUUGUACUUCAAACACGGCAGCAUUUGUGCGGUUAAUUACAGUAUUAAUAGGCACUGUGUGGCGAGACGGCGUUUAUACAAGCUGUCUGCCUGCAUGUGGAUGUGUCAAAGUGCAAUUAACACAACUCAGCAGCUACUGUCAGUUAACUUUGAUAGGAAAGGUACAAUUAUUACCUAAUCCAGUGCAAUCUGAAGAGAAAAGCUCAUUUGACCUUGAAAAUGUAGAUUGUCAGAGCGAAUACUGUACAGACAAGAAUGGUAAUGUAAGUUGUAAAAUGUCCUUCUGAGUGAGUUUAUCCCACAGAAGAAAAGAAAACAAAAGGGUUUGAUAAUCGUAGCGUUUAUACUGGAAGUAUACUCAGAGCUCAUAUUCCAUCACAGUUCCAUGUUAGUCCACACGCCGUCGUAUUCAGCAAAAUCUAGAUAGGACUUGGCAUGAUUUUCAAGGGCAAGCGAAUGCAUCCAGUGUAAGGCAAGAGGACAUCAGCGCACACAUUGUCUUAUCAGCAAAUCCAUAGUUGUGAACGCUCAGCCGGCAGCACUUCUCCAUAUAACAAUAUCUGUGUGAUACGUAGUCGGCAUGUUAGCACGUCUGCUGUUAAUCUUGUAGAUAAGCUGCAAAGUAUAAAUCAAACCUGCGUACCAUUUACUGUCUUAUAGUACAACAUGCAGCAGUUUCACAUAAUAAAACCACAGAUUUUUUUUUAUCUUUAGGUUUUAUUUAUUUUUUGCUCUAAAAUCAUGCAGAUUCAGCUGCAUAAGGAUCGCCCUGCAAUGUGUUAUCGUAAUGUGAAUUUUCCCUUUAACCCUCCUGUUGUCCUCAUUUACAGGCACCAAAAAAUAUUGUUUCCUUGUCUGAAAAAAAAAUCAUCAAAAAAAAAAAAAAUCCCCAAAUUUCUGAAAAUUUGCAAAACCUUCAGGAAGAAAAUUCCAAUAAUUCCUGAAAAGUUUCCCUAAAAAAUAAAAAUCCCCAUAUUUGGCAAGAAAAUUCUUGUAAAUAUUUUCAAAAAAUGAGUAAAAAUCUUCCCAAAAAAAUCCUAAGAAUAUCUAAGGUGAUUACAUAUAUAUCAGUAAAACUUCCAAUAUUUUCUUUAAGAAAAAAUCAACCAAAAUCCAGCAAAAUUCACUGCAUUUUGGUUGAUUUUUUUGUGAAUGUUCUUAAGAAACAUUUUUAGCAUUAAUUUUUUCCACCAAAAAAGUUCAAAGAUUUCCCAAAAAUGUUGGAAAUGUGGACAUCAAAAAUUUCACUGUGAAAAUAGAUUUUUUCCCACAUUUUCAAACUUUAAAAUGGGUCAAUUUUGACCUGCAGGACACCAGGAGGGUUAAACACUGCAUCAAGUCAUUGCACUGAGAGCUUUUUUCCACAUAUCACUCAUGCACUUUUUGGAGCUUUACAUCAUCCACUGUUGGCAGGGAAAACAUGUUUAUUAGAAUGUAUAGAGAUGUGAGACGAGAUAUAUAUUUGUGAACAGACAGAGAGAAGGCAAAAAAACAAACUCUUUUGCACUCUUAUUUGAACAUUUCUCCAUUUGCCUCUAUUCUCUAAUUUUUUUAUUGCAUGGCAUAGUGUGCCGAAAUGAGGUUUAACUCCUAUUACCAGUAACUGAAAGUUUGACUUAUUUAUUGUGGCUGAAUGUAUUAAGAGUAUUUUAAUCAUAUACUAAUUAUCAUUAUAUUCCAUGUAAUAGGGAAAGCCAAUACCUUAACUGGAUUUGUGAAAUGAAGACAAUAUAAAGAUGAAAGUGCACAGUUCAUGCAAAAAUAAAAUGAAUUGGUACUAUAUAUGCAUGCCACAUUUCAAUCUUGAGAAUGUAUAAAUACAUAUAAACGCAGCUUGUAUUGAAAUGUAAAUGGAUGUAGUUGUAACUCAGUCAAUGCCUUUCUAAUAAUCCUACAAUAUGCAAUAAUGACGUGUGGGUGGAGAAGUAAUGUUUUAUUUUUUCACCCACAGAAAGAGCAAUACCUGCAGUUAAAAUGAAAUGCAAUAAGGUGACCUCCGUCGGUCACUCAGCACUUUACUAUGUGAUGAAGCACUUAAUAUUUGAGGACUGUUACUGUAUGUGUCAACAUUGUACAGUAUCAUCAUUUGCUAUGUUUAAUCCGUCCAGCAGAGAGUGCCUUUCAUUAAACAUGUAUCAUAACUGUG